ACCGGGCCUUGGUCGCUUUCAAUUGGGAUUACGAGAAGGCAGCGUAUUUCAAUUAAGCAUAUAAUUUUUUUUCCGUCGGAACGGUCGCCCAUCCAGACUCCGGUUCUGUCUCCUUGCUUCUCCUUUCCCUCAACCAACAAAAUCUCGAGCCAUGUCGCGCUAUCUCCGACCAGCGGCCAGGCUCGCCGCGACCGCGCGCGCCUCCGCCAUCCGCCCUGCCGCUCCCACCUUCUUCCUUUCCAGAGCCGCCGCUGUGCCCAGUUUACAAAAACGGACAUAUGCCGAAGCCUCCGGCGUCAAGGAGUACACAGUUCGCGAGGCCCUGAACGAGGCCCUCGCCGAGGAGCUCGAGAGCAACCCCAAGGUGUUUAUCUUGGGCGAGGAGGUUGCCCAGUACAAUGGCGCAUACAAGGUCACCAAGGGUCUACUAGAUCGCUUCGGUGAGAAGCGUGUCAUCGACACACCCAUCACCGAGGCCGGCUUCUGUGGUUUGGCGGUCGGUGCCGCGCUUAGCGGGCUGCAGCCUGUGUGCGAGUUCAUGACCUUCAACUUCGCCAUGCAGGCCAUCGACCACGUUGUCAACUCCGCCGCCAAGACCCUCUACAUGUCCGGCGGUAUCCAGCCCUGCAACAUCACCUUCCGCGGCCCCAACGGCUUUGCUGCCGGUGUCGCCGCCCAGCACUCGCAAGACUACUCGGCCUGGUACGGCAGCAUUCCCGGCCUCAAGGUUGUCUCACCCUGGUCGGCCGAGGACGCCAAGGGUCUGCUUAAGGCCGCCAUUCGCGACCCCAACCCGGUUGUCGUGCUCGAGAACGAGCUUCUGUACGGCCAGGCGUUCCCCAUGUCGGAGGCCGCGCAGAAGGACGACUUCGUGCUUCCCUUUGGCAAGGCCAAGAUUGAACGCGUCGGCAAGGACCUGACCAUCGUGUCGCUCUCGCGCUGCGUUGGCCAGUCGCUUGUGGCCGCUGAGAACCUCAAGAAGAAGUACGGUGUCGAGGUUGAGGUCAUCAACCUGCGCAGCAUCAAGCCCCUCGACGUCGAGAGCAUCGUCAAGUCAGUCAAGAAGACGCACCGCCUGAUGUCCGUCGAGUCCGGCUUCCCCGCCUUCGGCGUCGGCGCCGAGAUCCUCGCUCUCACCAUGGAGUACGCCUUUGACUACCUUGACGCCCCCGCCCAGCGUGUCACGGGUGCCGACGUCCCGACCCCGUACGCCCAGAAGCUCGAGGAGAUGAGCUUCCCCACCGAAGCGCUCAUUGAGGAAUACGCCGCCAAGUUGCUCCGUCUCUGAGCGGGGGCGUGUCUUCGAACUGGCGAGAGACGGGAAUGAUUUCAGCCAAUGAUGGAACUGGCAUAGCAAGCGAAGAGGCCGAAAGGUGCAGGGGAAGUCAACCUUAUGACCCCACCACAUCUUUUUCUCUUUUACGCCUGCCACAAUUGUCUUUAGCGGGAUAUGGAAGGAGGUUGGUAAUGGUCUAAUAGACAUGUUGUUGGGAUUUCCAUGUACUUCUACGCGUUUCGUUCGGAGGCUUGCCUUUAACAUUCGAACAGCGAUAACAAGUAACGGCGGCUGACAUCU